AUGGAAACGCCGCGGGUUUCCAGUUGUGGGGCCAGGCUGCAGAGCUGUGGUCGCUCGUGUGGGGUUUGGGUCGGUUCCGUGGCCGUGCUGCCCGUUCAGCAGAUCAGUCCGGGCAGUGCUGGUGCUUCGGGAGGUGUCCUGUUGUCUGACGGGAGCUCGGCACGGGGGCCGGGGCCGUGUCCCCUGGGAGCGGUGUCUCCUCAGUUUGUGCCGCCGCUGUUCCUCCCUCCCUGUCCCUGCACUCCUUGCCCCGUGUCUCCGCAGAAGGUGCAUGUGCUGCCCCAGACCGUGCUCUACAUCGCCGAUGCCGAGACGUUCAGCGGGCACGAGGAGUGUCACGAGCAGAAGAAAGCCAGAAAAAGAAACAGUAAAGAAACAGCCCUCGCCCUUGAAAAGUUGUUGCCGAAGCGAUGUCAGGUUCUUGGACUGGUCACCCCAGGGGUUGUAGUUACCCCCAUGGGUUCAAGCAGCAACCAGCCUCAAGAAAUCGAAGAGGGCGAAGCUGGGUUUGCUCUGUUGUUUCCCAAAAUCGAUGGGGUGAAAAUUCACACCUUUCAUUUUUCUAAAGACGUGAAGAACAGGGUGUUUGAUGAGAAUAAAUUUGCUGAAGCAGGUCUGAAGAAUAACCCAGAUCUCCGCGUUGUCCUUCUGUUUGGCUACAACUCCUGGAAGUCUGGAGCUACUCGAUUUCUUCAUCAAAUAGUCAAUCCACUGAAUGAGAAAAGUAUCAUCCUGGCUGGGGGACAAGUGGAGAGCUUUACAUCACUGACCUCUGAGAAUGCCCACGCCCAGCCCGGGGACGCCUGUGGGGUGGUGGGGCUGGCCUUCAGCGGGCCCCAGAUCCAGAGUGCCACCGUGCUGCUGGACCAGGACGUGGCCGACGAGAGGACGGCGGAGGCGGCCAUGCAGCGCCUCAAGGCCGCCAACAUCCCCGAGCACAACUCCAUCGGCUUCAUGUUCGCCUGCGUGGGCAGGGGCUACCGGCACUACAAGACCAAGAGGAACAUGGAAGCGGAUGCCUUCAGGAAGUUUUUCCCAAACGUGCCCCUCUUUGGCUUUUUUGGACACGGGGAGAUAGGAUGCGAUCGGAUAGUCACUGGGAAUUUCGUGUUGAGAGAGUGCAAUGACAUUAAGGAUGACCUGCUGCACGGUUACACGACCGUUAUGACUCUUAUUCAUUUCGGUUCAACUAAAGCAAGCCAAGCAUAAGUAAGGUUUAAUGCUGCAGUGAGCUGUUUGUUUCAUUCCAGAGAGCUGGGAAGUCGGGAAGAGUGGACAUCUCGCAGUCAAAGCCCCCUUCCAAAGCAUAAACAUCAUUUUGGUAAUGUUAUCAAGUCUUGUAGUUGCAAUAGAGUUUGAUAUACUACCUGCAAGAAGCCUUGCAUUUUGUGUAAUCCCCUGUACACGUUAGAAUUGCAGGAAAUUAUAUCUGUUGGAAUUCUGCAAUUGAA